UGUUAUAAUAGGUCGAAUACUAAUAAUGUAACAAAUUUAUUGUAUUGUGAGUAUAUAUAACUUAAAGUCCUUACAUUAUAAUUGAUCUAAGCAUGUACAUUUUUAUACCCACUUUUGAUCGCAACCAGGUGAAAUUAAAACAAAAAAAGGUAUUUUAACAUAAAUAGCUGACUGAAUUUAUUGUUCAAUUUUCAUAGCUGAUAUACACUAGUUAUACACGAUCAUAUACAUAUUAUAAGUGAAUUAUAUAUGUGCCGAAUAAUUUUAGUUUAAGUAUUGAGUGGACGACCAUUUUAGGUUAAUUCUUCGUAAGAAAAAGGGGAUUGUUUUGGCAAAAAAGAAAGAAAAAAGGAAAAAUGGAUUGGCGGGAUAAGUGUUUUCGUCAUUGUGGGGUAGCUGAUAGUUGAGAGCAUUAAACCUUCAUUAACACCAAUACAUUACACCAUUUCAAUUCUUCUAUAUUAGCAUUUCUCGUAGAGAGAGAUCUAGACAUAGACAUGGCUUCAACAAUGGACUUUGAGCCUCCAAAUUCCCCUGCUUCAGCUCCAUCUUUCGCCAUAAGACCUAAUCACAGCUUCUUGAGAAGUAUUUCUACAAAAGAACCUUCUAAUUUCUCCGAAGAUCUUCCCUAUAGCCCACCUCGUUUAAGCACUUCAGUUCUCUCUUCCAAUACAUGCCACCACAACUCUCAACCUUCAACUCCGCAACUUUCCUUCACGCUCGACAAUCCAAAAUUAGCCGAUGAUCAUCACUUUCAAACAACUUACAGGUGCAUUUCAUCAGUGUUAAAAAAAGAUGGACAGAUCUUGUCUGUUGCUACGUCAAAUGGCCUCGUUUAUACAGGGUCUCAGGCUAAUGUAAUACGUGUUUGGAAGUUGCCAGAGUUUACUGAAUGUGAUCAUCUUAAGACGAGGGGGUCUAUGGUUGUUGCAUUAAAAGUGUCAAAUGAUAUGGUUUAUGCUGCUUAUGCGGAUUGUAAGAUUCGGGUUUGGCGUAGGACUUGGGAAGGUGUUAUCAAGCAUGUUCGGGUUGCUAGUAUUCCUAAGGUUGGAAGCUUUGUCCGGAGCUAUAUCUCUGGUCGAGAUAAGAUGAUGAAGCACAUGGGACCAAUAUCAUCACUGGCAAUUAACAUAUCAGAUGAUAUACUUUACUCAGCUUCCCUUGAUAAAACAGUAAAAGUAUGGAGAAUUUCUGAUCUCAAAUGCAUAGAGACAAUCCAAGCCCAUAACGAUCCGAUAAACGCCAUUGUUGUUGGUGAUGAUGGUGUCCUCUAUACUGCUUCUGAUGAUGCCACAGUCCGAGUAUGGCGACGUAAUUUUUGUAGUGGAGAUAGGCCACAUUCCCUCACUGUGACAUUACCAGCUAAAUGUUCACCAGUAAAGACAUUAGCAUUAACAACUGAUGGUGGGGUAUUGUAUGGUGGUUGCAGUGAUGGUUACAUUCAUUAUUGGAUAAAAGGUUGGUUUUCAGGGCAAUUACAAUAUGGGGGUGCACUUCUUGGACACACACAUGCUGUAAUGUGCUUGUCCAGUACGGCUAACUAUUUCAUCAGUGGCUCUGCAGACUCAACGUGCAGAGUCUGGUUUAGGGAGCAAGAUUGUCAACAUGUUUGCGUGGCGAUCUUGCAAGGUCACAGAGGACCGAUUAGGUGCGUUACAGCUUUCCCAGGAUGCGUGAAUAAUGAGGAGAGUGAAGAUGGUUGCACCAUUUGCACCGGAAGUCUUGAUGGAGUUAUCAAGAUGUGGCGUGUGAGAUGCACCAGCAGUAGCAGCGAUAAUACGGGCAAAGGUUCUUCACAGAAUGCUUGUGAUUAUUUUGAGAUCGCUUAAAUAUGGAUGACACCCUUUUAUUUUUCUUGCAAGAUGUAUGUUUUACAACUAGAGACGGAUCCAAGAUUUUAAUUAGCAAGUGCAGACAGACUAUCACCUGACUUCUGACUUGUUUGUAACAAUGGCUGCGGAUUUUGUCCAGGUUUCAACUUUGAGAUACAGAGUAGAAGAGGCCAAUGAAUUCUUUGUA